AUGUGGUGGAAGAAUUUUUUGAAUAACCCGCAUAAGGUAUCACUUCUUCCACGGGAACAUUUAGAAAAAUCACUGCUUUCAUCAGUAAAGCAACUGGAGAAGAUGAAUAUCAAUUAUUACAACGCAAAAGAAAAGAUUAAAAAAUUAUGUUACGAUUAUUGCAAAUUUGUAUCAGAUAACGAGCUAAAGUUUUACGAUAAAGAUGUUACUGAGUUUGUUGGCGAAUCUAACAAGCAAAAUUUUAUUCAAUUUUUCGAAUUAAGUAGCAAGAAUGAUAAUCUUGACGAAGGCAUUGCUCUUGCAGAACGUAUACGAAAUAGCAUCAAUUUUACUCCAAAAGAUAAACAAAUCUAUCUAAAUAAAGAAAAACGAAUUCAACAAUUGUCCUCUAUUGCUUCCUCUAUAUCAGAACUUGCAUUUGACACAGAAGAUGAAUACGAAAAACAGAAUUACACACUUGCAAGUGAAAUUUUACUUCGCGAAACCAAAUCUCUAAAAGAAAGAAUACUUCGAAUGAAACAAAAUUCACAACGAAAACAAUUUCUAAUCCACAUCGAAUCCAGCUACUUAACACUUGAAUCCAUUCGCUUGGCCACUGAAAUUCACAACUUACAAGACGAAACAAAAUCUCUACAUAUUGAAAACAACUUUACUAAACAGAAUUUUCUACUUCGAUCUCACAUUGAAUCAUUUGGUGAUACAUCAUCAGAAGUUCAGAUAAAAGAACAAGAGAAUGCAGCCCUUAAAUCACGAAUACAAGAGAUCCAAUCAGAGAUAAGUUCCAUUCUUGAUUCAUCAAAAACAGAAACAGAUGAAAACAUUGAUUCGGUCAUUUCUCGCGAAACACAUGAAGUUCGACAACAAUUAACAACACUUGAGCUAGAAGAGAACGACUUGAUUCAGCGUCAACGACUUCUUAAAAGCUUACUUCGUUCUACAGAAGAAGACAAACAGUCAUAUGAAGAAAGACAGAAAUCAGUUGAAGUAGACAUCAAACAUCUUUCUGAUACAAUAAAUAACAUGAAACAAGAUAUUGAUUUAAACAAUUCUUAUGAAGAAGAAAUUGAUUUUAGCCAAUUUCGUAAUUUCCCAAGUGAAGAACGAAUCUUAGAAUUGAAAACAUCUAUUUCUGAGCGAGAACAACAGCUUGAAACAUUAUCAGAACGAAAAGAAACAUAUGAAGAAGAGAUUUCAAGUCUUUCCAAUAGAAUUCACAUUUUAAAGGACCUUUUUAACAGUACAAAUAAACAAAAUAUUGUAAUCAAUGACAAUGAAUCUAAGACUGAACAAAACGAAUCUUCAGAAUCCUCUAGUUCUACACAUUCAUACGAAGAUAUUUGA